GAACACAAAGUCAUCCUAUCUUACUUUUUUCGAGACUUUUGCUUUAUAAAUACACUUACUAAAAUGUCUUCUAAUUCAAUAUCAACUGUCGAAAACUCAACGGUUCACGAUCUCACGUAUUAUGUAAAUAUAAUCAGUCGAUACUUGAGCCCUCCAUCUACAACAGUGAUUCAUUCAGAAGAUGGUGAACUAACUAGUGAUGAAAGACUACAAUAUGCUAUAAAAUAUUAUCGCGAGGCAUAUGAGCUUUUUCCUAGUUCUUAUGACAUUAAGCUUUUAGGACAUAAAAUCGCGAUCAAAGAAGGCAACAUGACUCAAGCGACGAUUCAAUUUGAUGAAUUACGUACACUCCACCCUAAUCAUGAACCGUUAAAGGAAUAUCUUGUCGAGAUAACAUACUCCGUACGCCAUCGGACAAUGGACGACAACUUCAGUGAAAGUCCUCCAAAAUUGAUGUUAAAUAUUAUGGAAAAAAAUAAUAUGGAGCGAAGCCUUGGAAAUGCUAUUGAUCCGUCAUUUUUCUUACGACUUCCUGCUCGAACUCAAAAAGAAGUGAUAAUAAAUAGUGCUGUAUGGCAUGAAAAUACUGGCAGUUUAUUAGAUGCUUGUGAAUUAUACGCCCUGCUAUUGAAGGCAUAUCCAGACACUGUCACCUACUACGGGAAUGCAACAAGUAUAGAAGAUUUUGAGGACAUUUUGGAGCCAAUACUUCGUCAAAAUAUAGUCAUACAUGAAGUAUGCCUCCCUGUUGACAUUAAAGUCUUUAAUCCCAAAAAAGACAUACCCAUUCCCAUUUCAACUUCGACAUCUCCACAACCAAAUUAUCCGACUAAUUUUAACAUAACUUAUAGCCAGUUAAAAACAUGGCUUGAAAGAGCUCAAGGCUUCUAUAUAGCUAGCAAAGAAUGGAGAAAGGUGUUUGAAGUUUCCUUUACUGUAAUGGCUAGUUGUGGGAUCUUGAAAUUUGAGAGUGGUCCGAAAACAAAGUUGGUGGCUAUUUUUGACGAUCCAAAACAACUGCCAUCGAAAGUUUUCGAAAUUCUCAACAAAGAAAGCUUAACAACAUUUAAUAAUAGCCUAACUUAUUUAGGUACCGCUCCGCAUCCGUUUGCUUUAUCGAUUGGUAUAGCAUGUUUUGUCCAUUGCUGUCACGAAUUUUACCAAUUUGUGGCUGGACUAAAAAGUACGUCACCUGAGGGUAAACAACGAACAUGCCUUACGCCUGUUUAUAUUCCCGGGCCGUCAAAGAAGUCAGAAACACCUUACGUUCAAUUUUUUUCUGGUGACCAAAGGCCAAGUAAAAAACGAAAAUUAAGUUUCUUAUUGUCCGAGGAGUCAGAUGAUGGCUAUGAAAAUGAAACGAUCAAUGAUGAUACUACGAAUAACGUGAGGAACGUUAUGAAUGUUAGAAAUUUAUUAAUUGAAGAACCUUCACAAAAAAAAGAUCCUUCAGUAAUGAGAAGGAGACAAUUAGAUACACGUCUACUAAAUUUAAUCAAAGAGUGGGAAGAAACAUACAGUGUCUCAGAUACUUAUAUUGAAGAAGCAAUGUCAUACAGGGAUCGAGCACUAAAUUGUUGGCAACUUUGCGCCACUCUAAUUGAACGCGUUGAUGGUGAAACGCCAAUUCUGGAAAAAGAGUUGGAACGAUUUAUAGAUGAAUGGAAUCUUCCAUUUGAUAUUUCAAAUGCGAUAUUAUUAACACGUGGUGACAUUGCUUUAUCUCAGGGACAAUUAAGAGAAGCGAACACAUUCUAUCAUGAAAUAUGUUCUCGUAGUUCAGCCCGCGUUGAGCUAUACAUGAUUUUGGUUGCGAUACCUUUUACUCCAAUUACACAAGAACAUUUCGAGAAAGACGAUUGGCUUGGGGAUAAAAAAGAGAUGGAGACCAUCACGUGCAAUGAUGGAUGUAGACGUGCAAAAUUUCAAUGGAUAGAGACUACACAAGAAGAUUUGGUUGUGAGGUCCAUCAAAGAGUUGAUGAGGUGCUUUGAAAAGGAGCUUAAUGCUGGAAUAAAAUGUUACCCAUUGGGCCAAACAUUAGACCAAACAUUGGGUAAUAUAAUUGUUUUAUCUCAAUGUGGUUGGCCAUAUUGGCGUGAUCGAAUGUUUCGGCCAGUAGUUAUACCACUAAUUAAAAAAUGUGGGGGAUUAAUUUACCCGGAUCUAUUGAGAUUUGUAAACAAUCUUGACAUUCUUCGUGAACUCUUGGCGCUAUAUCAUGAAUCGCCGAAUCUCAAAUUUUCCUUUUGCCCGAUAUCGAAGAGUGACCACUCUAUUUCAACGAAUAUAUCGAUACGAGCCUUAGAAAGCUGUAUUAAUCGUCCUUCAUAUAAUGAGACUUUGGUCGCAUUUUAUCGGGAAAGGUUAACGACAAAUAAUUAA